AAAAAAUUUAUUCUUCUUUCUCAACGUGGCAUGGCUACUCGGGGAUCCCCUAUUAAAAUAUUUACUGGAAACUCCUACCCACAGCUUGCAGUCAGCAUCGCCAACAUACUAGGGGUUCCGCUCUCUGUCGCAAAGGUGGGCAAAUUUUCUAAUGGAGAAACCAUGGUUGAAGUCGAAGAAUCUGCUCGUGACUGUGAUGUGUUCAUUAUUCAGCCCACCUCCAAUCCUAACGUGAACGACAACAUAAUGGAGUUGUUGAUCAUGGUGGAUGCUAUGCGCCGAGAGUCUGCCAGGAGAAUCACCGCGGUCGUUCCUUGCUUCGCUUAUGCCAGACAGGACAAGAAGGACAGGUCAAGGGCGCCUAUCACUGGCAAGCUGGUCGCAAACUUGAUACAAGUGAGCGGCGUCGAUCGCCUCAUCACCGUAGACUUGCACGCCUCUCAGAUACAGGGCUUCUUUGACAUCCCAGUGGACAACUUGCUCGCCGAGCCGCUGCUCGCCAAAUACAUAAAACUCGUCGAAGGAGAAAAAAUCAUUGUGUCCCCCGACGCGGGCGGCGUAAAGCGCGCGAAGAGUAUCUCUGACAAACUAGACCUGGACCUAGCGAUCAUUCACAAGGAGCGCAAAAAGGCAAACGAGGUCGAGGGAAUGAUUUUGGUGGGGGAUGUCUCUAACAAAGUGUGUAUAUUAGUAGACGACAUGGCAGACACCUGCGGUACGCUCAAAUUGGCAGCUCGGACGCUGAAAGAACGAGGUGCCACGAGAAUCUACGCCGCGGUGUCUCACGGAGUGCUGUCCGGAAAAGCAGUUGAAGUCAUAGAAUCGUCCGACCUAGUUGAACUCGUCACAACCAACUCCCUACCUCAAGCAGACAAGCUGGCACUCAGCAAAAAACUCAAAAUCAUAGACAUCGCUCCCAUGCUGGCCGAGGAUAGACGAACACACAACGGCGAGUCUAUCUCAGUACUGUUUAAUAUGUAG